AUGGCAUUUGAGACACUGGCUGCUUUGGAGGAGUCCGUGACCUUUGAGGAUGUGGCUGUGAAGUUCACCUCAGGAGAGUGGGCUUUGUUGGAUUCUAGUCAAAAGAAGCUCUACAGAGAUGUGAUGAAAGAGACAUUUUUGAACCUUAUGUCCAUAGAGAAAGGACUAGAAGAAAAUAUUGAAGAGGACUACAAAGAUCUCUGCAGAAAUCUGGGAACUCAGUUGGUUGAGAAAGACUGUGAAUAUAAAUGUGAUAGUCAGUGUGAUGGCAACCAUCAUCCAAUUCAAAAGAAUAUGGUUAAUGAAGACAACCCUCCUGCAGUAAUAGUUCAUGAAAGCCCAUUGCUUAUGAAAAACAUCAUUGAUCAUUCAUCCUCACAUGUGUAUCUUAGAGAUCAAACUACAGGGAAAGAAUCUCAAUGUAAGGAAGCUUUUAUACAUCAGAAACAUUGGGAAAGUAUCAGUAAUUCUGAAUCACUUCAGGUACUUGAAACUUCUCCCAGAGAGAAAUCUCAUGAGAAUCAGCAAUGUAAGGAAGCCUUUAGGAGUCUCCUUUCUAAUCAGCAUCAUGACAGAACACAAUGUGGUGAUAAAUUCAAUCAGAACAUAUUAAGGAGAUAUACAGAUAGCCCAAAAGAUGAUGGAAUCCAUACAGAAGUGAAAUCAUUUGUUCACAACCACAGUGAAGAAGCCUCUAUUGAUUCCAGUAACCUCAUCAACCCUGAAAAAGGUCAUAUUGGAAAGAAAAAAUACAGUUGUAAGCAAUGUGGGAAAACAUUUCAAUAUGCUUCAUGUUUUGAGAAACAUAAAGUAACUCACACUGGAGAGAAGCCUUAUGCAUGUAAGCAUUGUGGAAAAGCCUUCACCAGUUCUAGUUGGUGCAACACUCACGAGAGGGGUCACACUGGAGAAAAGCCUUACAUGUGUAAGCACUGUGGAAAAACCUUCAGAAGUUCCAGUUACUGCAACAUUCAUGAAAGAGUUCACACUGGAGAGAAACCUUAUGCGUGUAAGCACUGUGGCAAAACCUUUGCCAUUUUGAGGUCUCGUAACUGCCAUGAGAAAAUUCACACUGGAGAGAAGAUUUACGCAUGUAAAGAUUGUGGAAAAACCUUCUCAAGUCCCACUUCUUGUAGCAUUCAUGAAAGAAUUCAUACUGGGGAGAAACCUUAUACAUGUAAGCAUUGUGGCAAAACCUUUGCAAGUUUGACUGGGUGUAUCACUCAUGAAAGAAAUCAUACUGGAGAGAAGCCUUAUGCUUGUAAGCAUUGUGGAAAAGCUUUCAACAAUUCCAGCUAUCGCAAUGUUCAUGAAAGAAUUCACACUGGAGAGAAACCCUAUGCAUGUAAGCACUGUGGCAAAACCUUUGUCAUUUUGGGUUCUCUUGUCACUCAUGAAAGAAGUCAUACUGGAGAGAAGCCUUACUCAUGUAAGCAUUGUGGAAAAGCCUUUUCCCAAGCCAGUUAUCGCAACAUUCAUGAAAGAAUUCACACUGGAGAGCAACCUUAUGCCUGUAAGCACUGUGGCAAAACUUUUGCCAUUUUGAGUUCUCGUAAUACUCAUGAAAAAAUUCACACUGGAGAGAAGCCUUAUGCAUGUAAGCAUUGUGGGAAAGCCUUCACCAGUUCUAUUUGGUGUAAUGCUCAUGAAAGGGGUCACACUGGAGAGAAACCUUAUGCGUGUAAGCAUUGUGGGAAAAUGUUUGCCAUUUUGAGUUCCCGUAACACUCAUGAAAAACUUCACACCGGAGAGAAACCUUAUGCCUGUAAGCAUUGUGGUAAAGCCUUCACCAGUUCCGGUUACCGUAACAAGCAUGAAAGGGGUCAUACUGGAGAGAAGCCUUAAACAUGUAAACACUGUGGAGAAACCUUUGCCAAUUUCAAUUGAUGUAACUCUCAUGAAAGAAUCCAUACUGGAGAGACAUCUCAUGCACUUAAAAAUUGUAGAAAAUCCUUUACCAGCUCCUCUUACUGUAAUACUCAUGAAAGGAUUUGGACCAGAGAGAAAUUGUUUCCAUGUAAUGUGUAUCGGAAGCUGUUCCUUCAGGUUUAUUAUCAUACCAGGCAUGAAAGAAUUCACUGAAGAAUGAAGACUUACACAUGUAAGCAUCGUGGAAAAGCCUUUUCAUACUCUAGUUAUUUUAACAUUCAUAAGAGGUAUCUCAUUGAACAGUAGCUUUAUAUAUAUAAGUAUAGUGGAAAACCUUCUUGGUAAUUAGGUUUAUGUUACUAGGUAUUUUCUGGUUGUCAUUUGUGUAGACUUUUUCUUUUCCAAAGAUUCAUAGCUUCUGUCUGUUGUGUUUGUGUGUAUGUGUGCCCAUGCAUGUAAGUUCCUGGGGUCAGAAGAGUGUGUAGGAUCCCCUGGAACUUUAGUUAGAAGCAGUUGUGAGCUGAGUGAGUUUGGUACUAGGAUACAAACUGCAGUACUUUGGAAGAGCAAUAGUGCUUUUCAUCUUUAUACAGUCUCAUCAUCAACUUCGUUUAUGGAAAUUUUGUGGCUCGUACUUCUCAAUAUUCAUUAAGCAGAGAAUUGGAGUUUUCUUUUUUAGUUUUUACUGAUGCUUUUAUUCAUUUUGACAGUUUCAUGUAUUUCUAUAAUAUUUUAGCUGUCAAUAAGAGUUUUUCAUAAUCCUUCUGCAGCCUCAUAAGUUUUUUUUGUUUUUUGUUUUUUUUUCUGGAGCUGAGGACCAAACCCAGGGCCUUACACUUUCUAGGCAAGCACUUUACUACUGAGCUAAAUACCCAACCCCCUCAUAAGUUUUUUUUAGAACCAUAGGGGAAUUGAGGCAGAAAAAAUUAGAAACUGCAGGAGAAAAUUAGAAACUAUGGAUGAACAUGUAAAAGGCAGUGGCAGCUGAGAGGAUGGCAGCUUUAAUCUACCUGAGUUUCAUUCACCCAAGGGAGCACUCUUACAAAAUCCCCGUUUAUAUCUUGGAGAUGGACCCUAAGUUAAUGACCCAUAAAGCCCUCCCUCGAACACCUUCCUCCGCCCCUUUUUGCCACCGGUGUCAAUUCACAGUCCAGAUAUGGCAUAGAUUUUAGGCUACUCCAUACCUCCCUCUUGUGUAUGUACAUGUCAUUGCAAAGAUACACAAGAACCUGGAAGAUGUGUCUGCCUUGCAGACUCAGGUUACCUCACCUAUAACAAUACUUUUUUUUUUUAAUGCCGAAUGCUGUUUAUUGAAGGAGGGAAGAGGUCUUAAAUACAGGCUUACAGCACAAUGGGAGAACCCCGGAAGGCAGAAGUUCGCUACUGAUGCUAUAACAAUACUUUAAUGCAAGUGUAGAUAAUAUUGUUCCUCUUGUGAAUAUUAAGGUGUUGAAAAAGCUUUAUUUACCACCGAAGCAAUAGAAUGCAUGAUGACCUCCCAGAGUUAAAUUCUUAGGUAUCUCUACCUCAUCACUAGGGAAGGACCUCUUGGUCAGUUUCAUCUUGAGGCUUUUGAACAAUUUUCCCUUGUAUAUGUAGACAUGCCUCCUAUUUUGGGGCCAGGAAAUGUCUUCAUCUGAUUUUGAGCCUUGCUUUUUAUUUUUAUAACUCUUGUAUCAUUUGUUGACUAUUACUGCCAUGUAAUUUCAUUUUUCAGUGCAUUCAGUGAUCGUAUUCCCUUGUUUGUAUUUUAAUUUUCUUUUAUAAAAUGGUUAGGUUGAAUAAAAAGACAUGGUAGAUGAAGCCUUUUAUCCCAGCACUCUGGAGGCAGAGGCAGGUGAUGUGAGCUCCAAGCUAGCCUGGUCUAUAUUUUGUGUUUCAGGCCAUUCAGUGUUCCAUAAUAGAGAGACUGUGAUUCAAAAAAACCAAAACACACAACCAAACAAUGAAAUGGAUAGGUUUAAGUAUAAGGUGUGAAAAAGCCCCAUUCCAAAAUACUGUGUUUGCAAAGUAGGCCCUCCUUCCCAUUGCUGUGUCUGGAGAGAAUUCACGAUUCCUUCUAUCCCAACUCUAUUGGUUUUGGCCUCAGGACCACCCGGAAUAUCCAGUCCUUAUGUCUCUUUCAUCAACUAGGGAUGCUGUUACUUUCUUUCAUCAAACAUCCACUAGGGUGCAUGGAUAUUCAAAAAACCUCACCCUUGCCACUGGGUUUGAAUCCAGUGUAGAUGCUGCUGAGAUGUAUCAUGUUGGGCUCAUUGGACAGUCACUUCUACUGAUUUUAGGCCCAUAAGGAGGACACCUUGAUCCACCAGAAGCAGGAAAGAGUGAGUGUGUCCAGGGCUCCUGGAAUUGUGAGUUGUUGUUUGUGACAUAGCAAAGGCAGUGGGUCUGCGGCUUUGACAUUCCUCUGGCACUGUGCAGACAGAAGCACACUAGAGUACUGCAUUGGCUUCCUCCUUCCAAAAGCAUGCAGUUGUGUGCAAAGCAGACAGACUGUGCUGUGGAGGGUCGUGGGUGGUGUGCUCUCUUGGUAGUCUCCUUUAGAGCUAUGUCAGUGCUGCUUUAGAGUUUUCCCGUCCUCACCUUUGUCAUUUUAUAUUUUUCUUAGUACUGAACCCAAAGCCAUGCUUGACAUGACGUAAACACAGGCUUUGUUAUUAGGCUACAUUACCCAAUCAAAAACUUGUUUUGUGUGUGGGUUCUGUUAAAAUAUGAUGAUGUUUUUAAAAUGAUGAUAUAAGAGGGUUAGAUUGUUCUGUCCGUGAAAGUGGGCCAAAAUUCCUGGUCACCGAGGAAGAGGAAAUUUUAAUUAGAUUUAUUUUUUUGCACUAACCAUGCCUGAGGCAAAAAUUGAGAUUUUUGAAAAGCUCUCCUAGUCUUGUGCAUUGAGAGCCCUGUGAAGGUGAUCAUGGGCUUGGGAGUGGGUUGAUGUUUGUUUGUUUUGCUCUAGGCUUCUCCAAGUAGAAGAAAUUGCAUGAAGGAGUACUUAAUCACCAGUUAAUCACUUUACAUGGUGAACUUAUUUGGAGGCAAAAAAUAGUAUUUUCAUUUUGUUAGAUUUUAGGGUACAGGAGACAGAAGGCUGGGAAGAGACAAGAGUCUGACCUCAAG